GUGCCGUACCGGACAGGUUCCGGCUCCACGAUGUCCAGCCUGCAGGUUCUGAGGUCUCUGGUCACCGAGAGGUUAACGGCGGCGGCGGAGGAGAUCCUCGUGCUGGUGGAGAGGGUGCUGCUGGAGCGCGAGGAGGGGCUGGUCCUCCGGUACCGACCGGACCACGUGAAGCGGAGCCCGGACAGGGAGCCGCCGCAGAGCCGCGGAAUACCAGACGCUCAGCAGCUUCACGGCUUCAGUCUCCAGCAGCAGCCUCGCGACGAGCACCCGGAGCUUCCUGCCAUCAAGCAGGAGCAGGGGGCGGAGCCAGGGGAGGCGUGGAGCUCUCCUGAGGUUCAGGCUCCUCAGACGAUGGUGCACCAGGACGCCCAAGGCUUCAUCUACAGCCUGGAGUGUAAGAGCGAGCAGCCUCCGGUGGACUCUGCGCCCCCUGAGGAGGCUCCCAAGGUGGAGCUGGCGCACGAUGACAUCCUGCCGAGCACCUCCUUUGAGCCGUCUGAUGCUCCGCCCCCUCAGUUCAGCCUCCCGGCAGACCCCCCUCCUGCCGCCUGCGAAGACGCCGACAGCGCUUCCUGCCGCUGUAGAGUUUGCGGCAUGAUGUUCAGCUACCGCGGCUCUCUGGUGAACCACGCGGAGAUCCACGGCGACGACGAGCGCUGCCUCUGCGGCGUGUGCGGCGUGCCGCUGCCCGACAGGGAGAACCUGGUGGAGCACCUGCGGACGCACGUCAGGGUCCACGUCUGCCAGUUCUGCGGGAAAAGCUUCCGGGGGAAAGUGGAACUGGCGGUGCACACGCGCUGCCACACGGGCGAGAAGCCGUUCAGCUGCAGAGUCUGCGGGAAGUGCUUCAGCCGCAAGGGCAACAUGGCGAUCCACAUGAGGACGCACACGGGCGAGAAGCCGUACCGCUGCGCCGUCUGCGGGAAGUGCUUCACAAUGACCUCGUCCAUGAUCCGCCACGCCAGGACGCACUCCGGCGAAAAGCCUACAGCUGCCACUGCUGCUUCAAGGGCUUCACCAACAGCUCGGACAUGAAGAUCCACAUGAGGACGCACACCGGCGAGAAGCCCUACACCUGCCCCAUCUGCGGCAAGGGCUUCGCGCUCAGCACGCCGCUCAAAUACCACAUGAAGCACCACACGGAGGAGCGGCCGAACUGCUGCAGCGAGUGCAGACGCUGCUUCAGCGACGUCUACACGCUGCGACGCCACAUGAAGACUCACGACAAGGAGAAGGCGUCGUGACACGAAGGCCCAGAGGUUAUCUGACUCUAGACAGGAAGUCCUAAAAUGGACAAAGGGGGUGGAGCCUGACUCACCACAGCUGAAUCUGAUACUGACAAAAGUUUUACUUUUAUAUUGAAACGUUGAGAUGAAUGAAGACUUGUUUAUAUUAAAGAUUUUCCUCCAGAUGUUUCCAUC